UCGGGCUACAGAGUUGUUAGGGGAGGAGACACCGGGAGGGAUUAUAAAGAGUCUGCUUCUGAGUUCAGUCAUCACACCUCUACUGGAAAACUCUGCUGCGCACAGCUGAAGAACUAGCCGACCGACAGCCGUUCAAGGAAUCAUGGCCAAGCGUGUUGCAGUCAUUCUGUCAGGCUGUGGAGUCUAUGACGGCACAGAGGUCCACGAGGCCUCUGCCAUCCUUGUCCACCUGAGUCGUGCAGGAGCAAAAGUGCAAAUGUUUGCUCCAAAUGCAGAUCAGAUGCAUGUUGUAAACCACUGCGAGGGGAAACCCACAGAAGAGAAGAGAAACAUCCUGCAGGAAAGCGCCCGUAUCGCCAGGGGUGAGGUCACUGAUCUGGCCAAGCUAGAUGUCUCAGCAUUUGAUGCUGCCAUCAUCCCAGGGGGCUUCGGUGUGGCUAAGAACCUGAGUGACUGGGCAGUGAAGAAUAAGGACUGUGCCGUCCAGCCAAAUGUAGAGAAGGUCAUCAAGGACUUUCACAAAGCUGGAAAGCCGCUGGGCAUGUGCUGCAUAGCGCCCAUCCUGGCUGGAAAAAUCCUGCCGGGCUGCGAGCUCACCGUGGGGCAGGACAAAGAGUGUGACAAGUGGCCAUAUGCUCAGACAGCAGGCGCCCUGAAAGACUUGGGCUGCAAACACGUGAACAAAGAUGUGGAAGAAGUUCAUGUUGACGCCAAAAACAAGCUGGUGACCACCUCUGCCUUCAUGUGCAACGCUCCCAUUCACAAAGUCUAUGAUGGAAUAGGUGUCAUGGUUAAAGAAACACUGAAACUGGCUUAACAAGAGUUUAAUCACAUUAUUGAUCUAUGGGGUGCUUUUUUCUUUCCUUUUUUCUAUCAAGCUUAUCAAGCUCUCUUACCUAUUUCCUACUUUUGUUUUGACCUGAUGUGAAACUUUGAAUGCCCUAACAAUUUCAAUAAAAGGUUAUAUAACAAAAACAACACAA